AUGGAGAGAAAUGUCGUGAUGAUUGCCCAACUGGGCCUCAUUGCAAUUUUAUUCUUUAGUUUUGUGAGUGCGGAACUUGAAUGUGAUUGUGAGAAGAUGUUUGCUCCAGUUAGAUUACCUGCUAAGCAUAAUGACACAGAAUGUGAGCAGUGGGGUUAUCUUCCUUCAACAUCGAAUGGAACACUUCUUGUAAAUCAUACAUUGAAUCAAAAUAUAACUUGGUCAAGCAAUUCAACAGAAUCACAAAAUAAUUCAACAACUUCAUCAUCGAAAAUACCUACCAUACCUGCCAAUAAUAAUAACUCAACAAGAUCGAAAACAGAGGGAAAUACUACUCUUGUAGAAACAAUGGAUCAAGUUCUCAAUGGAAAAGGGAAACAAGCUCAAGCUGGAGUUGCAACAGAUAAAGGAGCUGAUCCAGGGAUGAUUGCAGGUAUUGUAAUUGGAUGUAUUGCUGCUUUAGUCAUCCUGGUGAUAUUUACAUUAAUGAUUAUAGGAGUGAUUAUAUUCAAAUCCAAGUACAAGACUGCCUAUUACUUUGUCCAUGAUGUCAGUGGUAAGAAGAGUUUUGCUGAUGAAACAGCAGAUAUUAUGAGAGAAACAGAAGAAGAAUUCUCAAGUCAUUUCACAGAGAGAAAUGAUAAUGAGAGUGACACUAAUAGUGAAAGAGGAAUCGAUUUGGGUGAAAUGUCUGAUGAUGAAAUUAGUGAAAUUGUUGACUUUUCUAAUGACAAGUUUGAAUAUUAA